UCAACCGGUGAUGUGUCUCGUCAUUUUUACUGCGUACUUCCUCCUCCUCCUCCCUCACGCCCCAGCUAUAUGGUCCUGCACACGGUCCUGUCCACCCAGUUGCACGUGCACUCAGGAGAAGAACUGCAGCGUCCUGUGCGACCGCGUCAGCAUGGUCGACCUUCCCAAAGAAUUCCCCUGCGAGGCCGCCUCCAUCAACCUCGACAAGAACAGCCUCAAGUUCUUAUCCGAGCGUGCUUUUGGCACUCUCCCUUUGCUCCGGUCACUCUCACUCGACCACAACAACAUCUCCUUCAUCACGCCAGGUGCGUUUAAAGGACUCCCCAACCUGCUGGAGCUGAAGUUGGCCCACAACGAGUACAUUCGUUACCUGCACACCCGCACGUUCACGUCACUCAAACGUUUGGAGCGCUUGGACCUUUCGGACUGUAACCUGUUCAACAUGCCAGAUCGCAUCUUCAUCGAGCAAAUUUCCCUUAAGGAACUGCUGGUUUUUCAGAACAACUUCCGACGUGUCCCGGGAACCCUACGGGGGAUGGAAAACCUUACACAUGUUUAUUUGGAGCGCAAUAAGAUUGAAGCGGUGGCGUACAACUCUUUGCUGGGUCUGACCAAUCUCAAAUACCUCAAUCUACAGGAGAAUAACAUUAGUGUUAUUCAUGAUGAAGCUUUUAAGGAUCUCCUGCGUCUGGAGAACUUCUACCUGAAUGACAAUCUGUUGGUCGAUCUACCCCAGGAAGCUUUCAAAAGCCUAAGCAACUUAAAAAUGAUAAACCUGGGCGGGAAUCUCUUGACCAACGUCUCCAAAACAUGGUUCAGUGAUCUGGUGGAGCUAGAAGUGCUGUACUUGGAUCGAAACCGCCUGGUUUAUUUCGAAGAGGGCGCUUUUCAGAACCUGACAAGCCUCAUCACGCUACACCUCAACAGUAACAAUCUCACAACUUUGCCAUUCACCGUUUUUGAGCCCAUUUAUUUUAUCGGCCGCCUGUAUCUUUUUCGAAACCCCUGGGAGUGCAGCUGUGGCCUGAAGUGGCUCAGAGAAUGGAUGGACAGUUACAAGCUAGUGAGAGACAUUCCUUGCGCAUCGCCUUCCUCAGUGGCCGGCCUGGAUCUGAGCGAAGUGGUCUACGCCCGUCUGAACGGGACCUGCGUGGAUCCGCCAGAGCUCAACCUCACCACACCAGUUCCUGACUACACCACCACAGAGAACAAGUUCAACAGUCUCAUUUCCAAACUGCUCCAGCAGGAACUGAGAGAGGAGAUGAUCAACUCCACAAACGCUCUGAGGAACGGCACCCAGCAGGACUCAGCAGAGAGUCAGGUUUCUGCUGGACCAGGACUGUGUGCUCUUUAUAAAGUCUUGCUUCUUGUGUUACUUUUUCAAGCGCAGAUUGGCUUUCUGUCUGACUGCAUUAAGGUCUGUUGAGAUGCUUUCAAAAAAGAAAGGCAAGAAGAAAAACGUUUAGAUUAAAGGCUGCGAUUCGAUUAGACAUUUUAUAUAUGGGUUUGGACUUCUGGCAGAUAUUGGAGGAUUAGAUGUGACUGUGUCUUUAACACGAUACUCGUGGCUCAAGGAGACCUGGGUUCGAGUCAGACGCGCAUCAUGUCCCGAUGUCAUCCCUCCUUUCUCACCCCAUUCUCCUGUCUGCACUUUACUGUCUUAUUUCAGUAAAGGUAAAAAAAAGCCGAAAAACAUAUUUAAGGAAAGAAAAAAGCAUGUAACAAUGUGACUUGAUUUCUUAAAAUGUGGAUUGUGAACUUCA